GAUAAACGUUACAUUUCGAUAAUAUAUGAUGAGGGGGAAGUCGUCGUCGAUGACGCUAAGUGGAGGAAGGCGUUGCUCGUCGCUCUCGCUGGGAACUGACUAGAGGAACGGAAAAUGGCGGACCUCGAAGACGUUACGCUGGACGGGAGACCGCUCCAGUCCCUUCGAGUAGCGGAUUUAAAAGCUGCUCUUGAAGAGAGGGGACUGUCGAAAAGUGGGCAGAAGAAUGCUCUCGUUAAAAGACUCAAAGGGGCACUCAUGCUUGAGAAUCUUCAGAGGACCUCCACCGCUAACAUUGGACUGCAGCCAAACUCACAGAUUGGUGAGGAAAUGAGCCAAAACAGCUUUAUCAAGCAGUAUCUGGCUAAACAACAGGAGCUCCUGAGGCAGCGGCUGGAAAGAGAGGCCCGCGAAGCAUACGACACAAAUGAGCCGGAGGACCACAUAGAAGUUAAUAACAGUACAUCAUGCCCUCCUCAAGCCCAGGAUGCCACGCCAGCAUUGGCUGAGCAGCACAAGCCGCCCGGCCCGUCUGGUGUUGACAAUUUGUUUGCUGCAGUGAACAAGGAAGAGGGCAACAGGAACCAGGAGGCUGACAUGUCCGGUCCUCCCGCUUCUGGCUCUAUGGCCGUAGGCGUCUCUGACAGCGAGCCCCGGCCGGAGAAGGUGUCUGCCUACAAAGCAGCCCCUGCCGACAGUGACGACGACGAUAGUGAGGAUGGCGAGGAGGAUGGGGGCGACGACGAUGAUGAUUGGGAAAGCGGUGCUCGGAGGAGAAGCCACAGAGAGCCGGCCAGAGCGCCCACAACGAGAGAGAGGUCUGGAGCAUCCUGUCAACCCCCGCAGCAACACAUGCCCUCCCUUUUGUCCCCUCAACUCCGCCAGCCAACUCCUCCUCCAUCCCCACCUCCAGAGCUGUCUUUCCCCCUGCCUGACACCCCGAAACAGAGCCCCCCGAGUCCAGAUGUAGCCCAGCCUAGACGCUCAUCGAGCACCUCCAGCUCUGGGUCCUCCAGCAGCGGCAGCCGCAGUAGCAGCCCAGAGCCCCAGAGAAGUGGGCACGCCGAGCGCAAGCCGGGCCCGCUGACCCUUCUGGCACGUAAAAUGGAGUCAGAAGGGGCUUUCUCCGGAGCAGGUUGGCACCACGCCGGUGGGGAAGGUGAAAGGCAAGACGGAAGUUCUCUUGCCGCAUCUUUUCCUGGUAGAGGGCCUUUGGAGGGUCUGGUAUCUGCCAUCACUCACACAGCCAAUACUGCCGGCCACGUAUCGUUUCCCACAAUUCCAGGCAUUAACCAGGGUAUCCCAGGUGCACAUUCGGCUCAUAUUCAACUACCUGUUGGUGUGUGCAAAGCCACUGCAACAGAAGAGAGGGACUCUGAAAUAGAUAGAGAACGGGCCCUAGAGCUGGAGAGGCAGAGGAAACUUGAGGAGGAACAAGCAAUGGAAGAAGAACGGGAAAGAGCUUUUGCGCUGGAGAGAGAGGAAAGACAGAGGGCUCUUGAGAAAGAGAGAAUGGAACGACAGCAGGCCUUGGAAAGGGAAGAACGCGAGAAGGCUUUGCAGCGGGAGAGAGAACUCGCCCUUGAACGAGAGAGACAGGAGAGAGAGCUAGCUUUGGCCAGGGAGAGGGAAGAGCGUGAGCGAGCCUUGGCUCAAGAAAGGGCCCGGGAGAUGGAGAUAGCAAGGCAGAAGGAGCUCGAGAGACAGAGGGCCCUGGAGCAGGAGCGUCAGGAGAGAGAGAGGCGAGAAAGAGAAGAAAUGGAGAGAGCAAGGGAGCUAGAGAGAGCUAAGGCCUUGGAUCAGGAGAAGGAGAGAGAAAGGGCGCUUGAGCAGGAAAGGCUUCAGAGGGAGAGAGCUCUGGAGGCUGAGAGAAAGGAGAAGGAGAGGAUUGAGAGGGAAAAGGCUCUGGAGCAGGAGAGGUUGGAAAGGGAAAGGUUGGAGAGACAGAGAGCCUUGGAGCAAGAGAGACUAGAGAGAGAGAAAGCCUUUGAGCAACAGAGAGUAGAAAUGGAGAGAGCCCUGGAGAAGGAGCGACUAGAGAGAGAGAAAGCCCUAGAGAGAGAGCGUUUAGAGAGAGACAAAGCCUUGGAAAUAGAGCAACUAGAGAGAGCGAGAGCCCUAGAGAGAGAGCGUUUAGAGAUUGAGAAAGCCUUGGAAAAAGAGCGACUAGAGAGAGAGAACGCUUUGGAGCAAGAGCGACUAGAAAGAGAAAGAGCUCUAGAGCAAGAAAAAUUGAAGCAGCAGAGGUUAGAGCUUGAGAGGAAGGAAAAUGAAAGAAUUGAGAGGGAGAAAGCAUUGGAGCGAGAAAGGAUAGAGAAGGAAAAGGCCUUGGAACGAGAAAGGGAGGAGAAAGAAAGAUUGGCAAGAGAGGCAGCACAGGAAGAGGAGAGGGAGAGAGCUCUGCAGCAGGAGAAGCUUGAAAGGGAGAGGAAGGAGAAAGAGAGGGCUCUGGAACAUGAGAAGCUAGAAAAGGAGAAGGCCAUGCAGAAAGAAAAGGAGGACAUGGAGACAGAGAGAGCACGGAUGGCUGAAAGGGAGAGGGAAAGUCACCUCCCUCCGUCCAAGCGCGGCCGUGACAUCGCUCUCACCCCCAUGUCCACACCUCUCCCCCUUUCUGUCGGACCAGGUAGAAAGUCCUCAACAAAAUUGGGAGAGCAGGAAGAUGACCAUGCUUCAAAGUCCCAAGUUGAAGCAGACGAACAGAGCGCCACCAUGUCUCCAACGCCUCCAGUGCCUCAAUCCUCCUUUAAGAAGUUCCGGUUCCUAAGGGACAGCCCAAUUCAGCUCCAAUCUUCCUCCCCUUCCAUGGUCAUUAAGCGCCCUCGUAACUUCUCUGAUACUCCCCAGCCCCAGGCUUCACCUGGCUCUUCCCACAUCGACGGUGGGAAACGCCACGAGGAAGGACUCCUGUCCUCCACUGAACAGGAAGGCCCACAGAAGGUGACAAAACAGGAGGUCGUUGUCACAGGACAUGUGGGUGGCGUUCUGGAGAAGGUAACCACACUUGUCCCGGUUCCCGAAAAAGAUGGGGCAAAAUCCUCUGUGUCCGAGGACAAAGAAAAGGAAUACACCAGUAAAGUGGAUGAAAGCCAUCCUACAAACCCACUGGACAGCGCACAGCGUAGAGGAAGAGACGCGAAGAAGAAGAAGGAGGAGGAGCAGAAGCAAACAAGACAAAGAUCAACGUCUAAUGAUUCCUCUUCCUCAGAAUCAGACUCUGGGUCCUCAUCUUCUGGGUCGUCUGGCUCAUCCUCAUCCUCUCAAGAGAAAACUAUCUCCACUACAAGAGGCAGACUGGAAGGGAAACCUGACAGAGAUACCUCACCACAGCACAGGAUGACACGACAUGCAAAGGCCAAGGGUUUAAAGGAAAGUCCGAAAGCCUCCCCUUGUAAAAGAGACACGUCUGUAGAGAAGAGUAAACCAGCUGCUGAUGGAGAGACUCCCACCAAGAAAACAAUCAUGGGAGCACCAACAAGAGAAGAGUCACAAAAAAAGAGGAUGAACAAGGAGGAAGAAGAGGAAACUGACAAAAAAAGGCAGGUGAAAGAGACUGCUAUGGCACAGCCGGAGAAGCUUCCAGAGACCAACGAGGAGACGCCAAAGGCCUUUUCAGCUCGUAAGAUCUCUAUCAACAGCAGUAAAAUGUCCCCAGGCACUGGCAGUGCAGAGGGCGAGCAGGACCCAGGGGCUGCAGCCGGUCGCAAGAGGAGGUGGGGCUCCAGCACAGCCGUCACUGCCAAGAAACCUUCCAUCAGUAUCACCACCGAUUCACUCAAGUCCCUGAUCCCAGACAUUCGCCCGAGUCUCGGGCAGGAAGCAGUCGUGGACCUGCACCCAGAGCAAGCAGUCCUCUCCGGGCCAGAGGAUGAAGAGAGGGAGCAGUCUGACCAAGACCUUCAGAUUCGACGUACUGUCACACAGGUGGUGCACUUGGAGAGUCAGGAGAAUGGACAGGAGACAAAGAAGAAUGAAGAUUCGGAGGAAGAGGACCCGCAGGGAGAUGGGGAAAGGACCAGGGUGCACAGCGACAAGAUGGAUGCCUCGUUCCCUGGAGCCAUGGAAACCCAGUCUCCGUCACACACCAGCCAUGAUGUAGAAAGUAACACUGUGACCCCCAGCGACACUCUCAUCCGUCGCUCCAUCAGCCAGCAGAAAACUGGUGUCUCCAUCACAAUCGAUGACCCUGUUCGCUCGGCCCGGAAGCCCUCGCCACCUCGAGGCAAAGUCUCCAACAUUGUUCACAUCAGCAACCUGGUGAGACCGUUCACCCUGGGGCAGCUUAAGGAGCUGCUCAGCAGAACCGGCACCCUGGUUGAGGAGGGCUUCUGGAUAGACAAAAUCAAGUCUCACUGCUUUGUCACCUACUGUAGCCCAGAGGAGGCCGUUGCCACACGGUCAUCUCUUCAUGGGGUGAAAUGGCCUCAGAGCAACCCAAAAGUCCUUCGCGUUGACUUCUGCCAGAAGGAUGAGCUGGACUUCCACAAAGGCUUGGCAGACCGUCCCGCGGCAGAGGACCAGGGUCCCGGAGCCACCCGCGGUCGGCCUCCGGGCCUGCCCUCUCUCUUCCCCGAGCGCGACCAGUGGGCCGAGCGCGAGCGAGAGAUGGAGCGGCGGGAGAAGGGGAGAGCAGAGCGGGAGUGGGAUCGCGACAAGGUCAGAGAAUUUGGGAAACCGGGUGAAGAGAAGGAGGGAGGUCCUCCCAGGUCACACUCCAGGGAGAGACGCCGCAAGGAGAGGGGAAAGAGCAAGGACAAGAAGACUGAGAAGAAAGAGAAACCGGCUGAGGAUCCCCCUGCAAAGCUGCUUGAUGAUUUGUUCCGCAAAACUAAAGCGACUCCUUGCAUAUACUGGCUUCCACUUACAGAUGAAGAGUUUGUUCAACGGGAAGCUGCCCGAGCGGACCGGAUGAAGGAGCGUGAGAAACGGAGGAAGGAGCAAGAUGAAGAGAAGGAGAAAAAAAGGGAAGAGGAGCGCAAGGAAAGGAUGAAAGCUGGAGGUGUGUCAACUGGAGAGCGCAGUGAGGGGGAGAAGGAGAAGGACAGGGACAGAGAGAGGGACAGAGACCGAGGGAGGGACAGGGAGAAUGACAAACGCAGGGAUGGCUACCGUAGACCAGAGGGCCGCGGGGAAGACGGGGGGCGACGCUCUCGCAGCCGCAGCGACCCGCGAGAAAGGCGACGUUAAUGGCCAACCACCCGAUGGAACUGUCCUAGAGACCACCCCCUUCCAUUGGCCUUUCACUACAUGUACUUUCUUACAACUAAGACCCAACAGAGGACCAACUGAUGUUGUCGCCAUCUCUCAAAUUGUCCCCUUUUUUAAGCACAUCUACACUUAGACACAGUCUUGCUUAAAGGGGACCAUGAUUCCUUUGCAACUUUGGUUCCCAGAGUGCUGUACGACGCGCGUCGGUCGAGGUUUGAACUAUUUUCUUCAUACUUUUGUAUUUUUUUUGUCUUGUCGAUCUUCGGUGUGGCACGAUGUCUUUUUUUUUUUUUUUUUUAUAAUUUCCCCCGAUGUUUCCCCCUUUACCCCAAAGUGUAGGUGCCAAUUAUGAUUUGCUAUGAUCAGUCGUUGUUGUCACCUCGGCGUGUUAACAGCUCUGGAAUCAAGAUCAGGAAUCUGUUGAUGCAUGUAGUCCAAGGCUCUCCUUGCCAGUCCUGCCUAAAGAGAAAACUCUGACCUCUGUGCAGAGGCUUGCAUAAAUCAGAAAAUAUUGGAAGAGGUGUGUUUGGCAUUUUGUACAGACAUAACAUAACUCAAAAUCAUGUCUUUAAGUGAGGCAGCUCUGGGGUAUUUUGGACAGGUGUGGAAUAACUACUAACGCAAAGUGUUCCCCCCUCCCCCUGUCCCCUGUUUAGUAAUGAGAUGAGACUCUUCUCGGUGGGGUGGGGUGGGGGGGGUCAAGGCCUGUCACAUGUGACACAAGUUGUUAUGUUCUUGUCAUUGAUUCUCUUCUUCCUCCUUUCCUGUCCUUCCUCCCCUUCUCUUACCCUGUAGUAUCAAUACAGGUCCAAGAGGGGGGGGUUGCAUUAUGAGUUACCAAUGGUUUUAAUAUUGUUUUUUAAUCUUUAAUUUUAUCUUAGUAUAAAGGUAUGUUUUUCUUUUUAAAUUUCUUCUUUGAGUACGCCUAUCAGUGGUGAAUGUACAAAUAAUAAAAAAUUGACAUUUGAAA